GUGAUCCCAAGGAUGAAUCUGAGGUCAGGCUCAGCUCACAUCUGUAGAACCUUUAAAAACGCAUGAAAGAAGCUUGGAGAAGCAGCAGGACGUCAGCGCUGCUGCUUGGAUCGUCAUCCUCUGGCUUUGCUUUCCUCAAAGGAUAUCUAUUUUUGGGAUUUGAUUUGAUCUGCAGUCCUGGACACAAAGACAGCAUCCUACACCACUGCACUGCAUUUGCAGUUUAAAACCUUGUAUCUGCACCAAAAGGAGCUAUAAUGGACAAAGAAAGGGACAACAUUUAAAUUACUGUCUUCAUCUUUGAUGAUGACACUGAUUCACAAACCAUAAUUUGAGGAUUGAGGUCAUCCACAACAUUUUAAUACUUUACAGCAGGCUUUAAAAGUUAUGUAUCUUUCUCCCAAGUCGUCUCCUCCGCAGUUGAAAUUCCAGACUGGAGUGGAAGGGGACGCAGGAGACUCGCCUGGCCAACCCGCAGCUCUGUUGUCCACAUUUACGCACACUUCCAGCGCAGAAACAACUUUAUUACAAGAUGAUAAUGUAAAGUGGACAAUUUAAGGGAUAUUAAAGAAGAAAUGCGCGUUCUCGGCGAAGCGCAGCAUUAGCACCAGCCUCCGAAGCGCGUCCCCGCCCCGGUAGAGGCUGCCCGAGAUCCCGGGUGGAGGAGUUGGAGCCGCGCGAGUUAAAGUUGGGCCAAACGGUGGCUGAGAGGGUGCUGCGGAGGAAUCUGCGAUCUAAUUAACAUAAGAGACGUUUUUUGAGAGAAGGAUGACUUGCAAAAUAUUAGGCAUGUGCCUCUUGUUUUGGGGGGUUCAACGUUGCUCAUCACGAGAAUGUGUUGAUCCACUCAUCUCGGGGUUGUCUGCCUCCAACUUCUGGGCCUCUUCCAGAUAUAACUUCCUGUACUCUGCCAAUUUUGCCAAACUCUAUGGCAGCAGUGGCUGGUCCCCGUCCACCAGCGACAGACAGCCAUGGCUGCAGAUUAAUCUGGGCAGGAAGUACAGACUGCUGGCGAUAGCAACUCAGGGGACCUUCAACUCCUAUGACUGGGUCACCAAGUACACACUUCUCUAUGGAGACCGACCGGACUCCUGGACGCCAUACAUCAUGAAAGGAGGGAACUCUACGCUGCCUGGUAACUGGAAUUAUUAUCAGGUGAAGAGGAAUGUCUUCCAUUAUGCCUUUACUGCUAAACACAUUCGUCUGCUGCCUCUGGAGUGGAACACGGAGAAUGGAGGAAAGAUUGGAGUCAGGCUGGAGCUCUUUGGCUGCGCUUAUGACUCCUAUGUGCUGCAGUACAAUGGAGACGAUGCAGUGGUCUACAUGUUCCCAGAAAAACGGUCCCGUACUCUGCAUGACCACAUCGCCAUAAACUUCAAGACUCUGGAGCAGGAUGGUCUGUUGUUACACAGUGAGGGGAUUCAAGGAGACCUUUUCACCCUGGAGCUAAAGAAAGGUCGUCUUUACCUGCACAUCAGCCUUGGAAGCAGCAUUGUGCACAAAGUCGAUGGCCGAAUCACUCUGACUGCAGGAAGCCUGCUUGAUAAUCUACACUGGCACUAUGUCACUAUCAAGCGCUACGGUAGACAGGUGAACUUCACCGUGGACAGUCAGACAGUGACGGCCAUUUGCAAUGGAGAAUUUACUCACCUGGAUCUAGAUACUCAGAUGUAUGUGGGAGGUGUAAUUGAGAAAAACAUGCCUCACCUACCGACCACACCUAAUUUCCGAGGAUGUCUGGAGAACGUCUUCAUCAAUGGCAUCAACGUUAUUGGCAAAGCCAAGAAUGAAGAACCCGACAUCCGUAUUCCUCGCAAUAAAAAGAUGCAUUAUGCCUGCCGAGACAUUCUACUCAAACCAAUGACUUUUGCUGGACCCAACAACUUCUUACAAGUACCGGGGUUCUUCGGAAAGCCUCGCAUGUUUGUUAAGUUUAAGUUCCGCUCAUGGGACUACACCGGGCUGCUGAUGUUCACACGUUUCGCUGAUAACCUCGGCGCCCUUGAGCUGGGUCUGAGUGAGGGUCAGAUCAAUGUGACCAUUUUUCAAACAGGAAAAAAGAAGAUUCAGUUUGCUGCAGGAUACAGGCUGAACGAUGGUUACUGGCAUUCAGUGGAUUUAGCAGCCAGAGACAACCUGCUGACUCUUACCAUUGAUGAGGAAGAGGGCUCUCCGCUGAAGAUCACCAACCCAUUCUCUAUCCGAACAAGUGAUCGCUACUUUUUUGGGGGUUGUCCAAAAACCAAUAACACAGUUUUCAAGUGUGAGACUAAACUGAAUCGCUUCCAUGGCUGCAUGCAGCAUAUUUUCAUAGACAACGAACAGCUGGAUAUCGACAUAAUUCUGCAGCGACAGUGGGCACGAUACGAGGAGCUGCUGUUGGGUACCUGUGGGAUCACUGACAGAUGUACUCCAAAUCCAUGUGAACACGAGGGCAGAUGCAUUCAGUCCUGGGAUGAUUUUAUCUGUCUGUGUGAGAAUACAGGCUAUAAAGGAGAAGUGUGUCACAUGUCGGUUUAUAAAGAAUCGUGUGAAGCCUACAGACUGAGUGGCAAGUACUGGUCCGGAAACUACACCAUCGAUCCUGAUCUCAGUGGGCCGCUCAAACCAUUUGAAGUGUACUGCAAAAUGAAGUCCUACAAAUCUUGGACAGUGAUCAUGCACGAUCAAGUGGAAGGCACCAAGGUAACUGGGAGCUCAAUUGACCAACCAUACAUCGUUAAUGUCAACUACUGGAACGCCUCCUGGGAUGAAGUCACCGCUCUGGCAAACACCUCCAUGUAUUGUGAGCAGUGGAUUGACUACUCCUGCUACAAGUCUCGUCUCCUCAACACCCCCAAUGGAAGACCCUUUGGUUAUUGGAUUGGUCGCAACAAUGAAAGCCACUAUUACUGGGGUGGGACUUUCAGAGAAGUUCAAAAAUGUGGCUGUCAUGUCAACCAGACCUGUGUGGACCCCAAGUUUCAGUGCAACUGUGAUGCUGACUACAGACAAUGGUUUUCAGAUAAAGGUUACUUGGACUUCAGGGACCAUCUACCUGUAAGGAGGGUAGUGGUCGGGGACACCAACAGGACUGGUUCAGAAGCACGUGUCACAGUUGGGCCUCUCCGAUGCCAUGGCGACAAAAACAUCUGGAACACAAUCGCCUUCACCAAGCCCACCUACAUCACGUUCCCCACUUUCCAACCCGGAACUACUGCUGACAUCUCCUUCCACUUCAAAACAUACCGAGACCAUGGUGUUUUUCUGGAAAACUCAGAUGAACAACUCAGAAAUUUUAUAAGAAUAGAAAUGAACACCACCCACAAUCUUGCGUUUAUAUUUAUGGUUGGCGAUGGCAUCCUCAAUGUGACCCUUCACUCCCCCGUGCCACUCAAUGACAAUGAGUGGCAUUUUGUCCAGGCUGAGCUUAACGUGAAGGUGGCCAGGAUCAAAGUUGAUUAUCAGCCUUGGGCUGUCAAACGUUUACCAGGCCAAACAUUUGUCACCAUGAAGUUUACACAUCCUCUUCUCGUAGGUGCAGCCAACCGCACCCUCAGACCUUUCUUAGGGUGCCUGCGAGGGUUACGAAUGAACGGUGUUCCACUUGAUUUAGAAGGGAAAGUAAAUGAGGAACAGGGUAUAAGGAGGAACUGCACAGGACAGUGUCUCAACGCCACCAUACCAUGUCGAAACAGCGGCCAGUGUAUUGAAGGAUAUGCUUCUUAUACUUGUGACUGUAAUAAUACGGCCUUUGAUGGUUUCUACUGCCAUAAAGACAUUGGAGCUUACUUUGAGAUUGGGUCGUGGCUAAAGUACAACAUACGAAAAAAGCCCACAUCAAACGAGGCUGUAUGGGCAAACUGGAUUGACCCGCACUACGACAACUUCAGUCUUGGCUAUAACGACACGGCAGAUGACAUCGAGUUCAGUUUCAGCACUGUUCACGCUCCUGCUGUGCUACUCUACAUCAGCUCAUUUGUUCAAGACUACAUCGCUGUUAUCCUCAAAACUGAUGGUAGUGUUGAUCUGAGGUAUAAGCUGGGGCUUGUAACACACAAGUAUCAGCUAACUAACCGGAACCUGGCAGAUGGAUAUCCUCACUAUGUGAACAUAACCAGACACAACAGAACCAUCAAAACCCAGGUGGAUUACAUGGAACCUAUAGUUGAGAAGAUAACGUUGGUGGAGGAUGCCAGGUUUGACUCACCAAAGUCCAUGUUCCUUGGCAGAGUGAUGGAGGUUGGUGAUAUUGACUACGAAAUCCAGAGACACAAUGCUCCUGGCUUCAUCGGCUGCAUAUCUGGAGUGAGAUAUAACGUCUAUGCCCCUCUGAAAACCCUCUUCCGCCCAAAUGAAACAGAUCUUCCCGUAACAACACAGGGAUACGUCUCAGAGUCCAACUGUGGGGCGUUUCCUCCUGUCUUAGGUUACGUGCCUUGGGAAGUUGACCCCUGGUUUACCAGCAUAGAGUAUUUUUAUAUGCACGAUGACAUAGGUCUGCUUUGGAUAGCAGUUAUUGUCCUCGUGGCGUUUGUGCUGCUCCUUGGAGGCCUGUACACCAUCUAUAUUUAUGCUUACCAGCAAAAAGGAAGUUACCACACCAAUGAACCCAAAAACCUGGAGUCUCCCAGCAGCUCUAGGCCACUGACCGAGACCUUGAGGAGAGAAAAAAAGAGCAUUCAAGAAAUUGAAGAGGAAGUCAGGAGCGGCUAACACCACGGACUCAUGGGAUAGUGGGUGGGAGUUUGAUAAAUGGGGUUGGAAUGAGGGUGAGUGCACAUAAACCACAGAUACUUGCAGUAAAUUUUCUAAUUUGUUGUUUUCCUUUAUUUUUCAGCGUUUUGUUUCAUGUUCCUUUCCCACGUUUGAGUGGCACAUGACGCCUGGUGCUCUGUUUUACACAGUUUUUGUUUUAGGGUGUUCAAGUUUUGCUGGGUUCAAAGUUAAAAUCAAGCCCCGGGUUGCAUGAGUAGCCAACACGACUCACGCAGUAUGACAGGGUGAAAUUCUGAAGUGCCUCAUCUGAGCAAGCUUGAUCUGGAAGCUUAAAGCUUAAUCAGAGAGAGUUUAGAUUGGACACUGUGUGAGGGGAAAAAAGAAACUGUUUAAACACUUGUAGGUAUUCAGGCUUUUAUUGAUUUGAUUUCUGAGCCAUUUUUGACACAUAUUAAAUGUAUUAACAGCUUUCUGUAUACUAACAGCUUUCCGUAUACUGAUUGCCAAUCAAAUUAUACUUUGGACAAUCUCACAUGAGCCAUUCAGUUAAAUUCAGAGUGGAUAAAAAUACUUAUCAUAUAUGGGUGCAAAAAUAAUCAAACAAGGGAAAGACAACUAAUGUUAAUGUGCAAAAACAGCCAAGUGAAGAGAACAUGCUAGCUAGCAUGACAUUUUCUGCUUCAAGGUGAAAUAUAACAUGACUGUUGAAGGUAUAUUUGCUUUGUUGUAUUACAGCCUAUAAUGGUGCAUUACCUAGACAGGAUGUAAGUGGUUCUGAACCACCAUAGUGCUAAUAGAUAGCAGCUUCUAUGGUUAAAGAUGCUCAGAUUUUCAAACAUAUUCUCAAAUUUGGGGUGCUGAAAAUACGAAUUUGCUAAUUUGACAGUAAUGUACCUCAGAGUGUGACAGCUAGCAGAUUGUUGGUAUGAGAAAGCGUCCAAGGGAAGUCGUCGUUGUCGUCUUCCUCCGCUUAUCCGGGUCGCGGGGGCAGCAUCCCAACUAGGGAGCUCCAGACCGUCCUCUCCCCGGCCUUCUCCACCAGCUCCUCCGGCAGGACCCCAAGGCGUUCCCGGACCAGAUUGGAGAUGUAACCUCUCCAACGUGUCCUGGGUCGACCCGGGGACCUCCUGCCGGCAGGUCAUGCCCGAAACACCUUCCCGCGGAGGCGUCCAGGAGGCAUCCUGACCAGAUGCCCAAACCACCUCAACUGGCUCCUGUCAAUCCGGAGGAGCAGCGGUUCUACUCCGAGUCCCUCCCGAGCUCCUCACCCUAUCUCUAAGGCUGAGCCCGGCCACCCUACAGAGGAAACUCAUUUCGGCCGCUUGUAUCCGCGAUCUCGUUCUUUCGGUCAUUACCCAAAGCUCAUGACCAUAGGUGAGGAUUGGGAUAUAGAUCGACCGGUAAAUCGAGAGCCUGGCUUUCUGGCUCAGCUCCCUCUUCACCACGAAAGAUCGGCUCAGCGUCCGCAUCACUGCAGAUGCCGAACCAAUCCGUCUGUCGAUCUCCCGAUCCCUCCUACCCUCACUCGUGAACAAGACCCCGAGAUACUUAAACUCCUCCACUUGAGGUAGGACCUCUCUCCCGACCCGGAGUUGGCAAGCCACCCUUUUCCGGUCAAGAACCAUGGUCUCAGAUUUGGAGGUGCUGAUCCUCAUCCCAGCCACUUCACACUCGGCCACAAAUCUACCCAGCAAGAGCUGAAGGUCAGAGCUGGAUGAAGCUAGGAGGACCACAUCAUCUGCAAAAAGCAGAGACGAGAUUCUCCUGCCACCAAACUUGACACACUCCACACCACGGCUGCGCCUAGAAAUUCUGUCCAUAAAGGUUAUGAACAGAACCGGUGACAAAGGGCAGCCCUGGCGGAGUCCAACCCUCACCGGGAACAGGUCUGACUUACUACCGGCUAUGCGGACCAAACUCACGCUCCUCUGGUAAAGGGACUGAAUGGCCCUUAGCAGAAAGCCACCCACCCCACACUCCUGGAGCGUCCCCCACAGGGUGCCCCUGGGGACACGGUCAUAAGCCUUCUCCAAAUCCUCAAAGCACAUGUGGAUUGGUUGGGCAAACUCCCAUGCCCCCUCCAUCACCCUUGCAAGGGUAUAGAGCUGGUCCACAGUUCCACGGUCAGGACGAAAACCACGUUGCUCCUCCUCAAUCUGAGAUUCAACUAUCGAUCGGACCCUCCUCUCCAGUACCUUGGAGUAGACCUUUCCAGGGAAGCUGAGGAGUGUGAUCCCCCUAUAGUUGGAACACACCCUCAGGUCACCCUUCUUAAAGAUGGGGACCACCACCCCGGUCUGCCACUCCACAGGAACUGCCCCCGAUGACCACGCAAUGUUGCAGAGACGUGUCAACCACGACAGCCCUACCACAUCCACAGCCUUGAGAUACCCAGGGCCAAUCUCAUCCGCCCCCGGGGCUCCGCCGCUGUGUAGUUGUUUGACUACCUCAGCAACUUCUGCCCCCGAGAUUGGACAGUCCAUCCCCAGGCCUCCUGGCUCUGGUUCCUCCUCGGAAUGCACAUAGGUGGGAUUGAGGAGCUCCUCAAAGUAUUGCUUCCACCAUCCGACUAUAGCCCCAGUUGACGUCAGCAGCUCCCCAUCCCCACUGUAAACAGUGUGAGUGAGUUGCUGCCUUCCUCUCCUGAGACACCGGACAGUUUGCCAGAACCUCUUUGGAGCCGAUCGAUAGUCUUUCUCCAUGGCCUCACCAAACUCCUCCCACGCCCGAGAUUUUGCCUCGGCAACUGCCACUGCUUCAACCCGCUUGGCUAUCCGGUACCUGUCUGCUGCCUCCGGAGACCCACAGACCAGCCACGCCCUGUAGGUAUCCUUCUUCAGCCUGACGGCUCCCCGAACCUCUGGUGUCCACCAGCGGGUACGGGGGUUGCCACCACGACUGGCACCGGCCACCUUGCGACCACAGCUAGCAACAGCCGCCUCAACAAUCGCAGAGUGGAACAAGGCCCACUCAGAGUCAAUGUCCCCCACUGCUCUCAGGAUGUGGACAAAGCUCUGCCAGAUGUGGGAGUUGAAGACCGUCUUAACAGGUUCUUCAAGGGAAGUAAAUACUCUAAUUUUACAGUCAAGCUGCCACCGGCUUGGUGCUACAGAGUGUUUGACUCAGCAAAUAUCCAAUGACAAAAUAAUUUAAAAAAAUCUGUCCUUCCACAAUCCUUUCAUCUUCCUUGUGGGACAGAUAUCAGGGAACAGCUGCUCCUUAUGGCCAUAUGGAAAGCAAACAUAUGAACACACACACAACAAGAACAACAUUUGUACAGUGGACCACAAUAAUGUAAAUUCUUACUUCUGACACUGCUAGAAUAAUGUUGCUCAACACUGCAGCUGACCACAUUAUCAUUGCUGCUGCUGCUGCUUGGUGGGCUAGCUGCUUACAGAGAAAAAAUAAUAUUAAACACAUUUGUAUAAGAUUUCUGUCACUGGUGACACAAAAUGUCCUUUAGUGUGUGUAGCAACCAAAGCCUCGAGCUAUCAAUCGCUGCAGCUCUACUUAACACUAAAGACCUGUUGUGUGUGUGUGUGUGUGUGUGUGUGUGUGUGUGUGUGUGUGUGUGUGUGUGAGACAAACUGCUGACGAAGAAAUACAUUUGCGACAUGUUAGCUAUGCAUACGUAGAGCAUGACCGCACUUAGCAGAAACAUGCAAUAAGCUUUAAUGAGCUUCUUCCAGUCACUAACUGUGAAUGUCUCUCUCUUCAUUUGCAUACAGGAGGUGAUACCGUGAAUAACGUGUUGAAAGACUUUUGAUGUUUAGGGUUUUUACACUUGCUUUGAAUGUAAACUCUGACUCCGUCUGAGCAGACCUGCCGAUGUUUUUGUUCUCGAUGAAAGAAAAGCUUUUUAGAUCGCUCAGGUUAAAGGAAGCGCAGCACCUGCUCUCUGUAGACCUAACCACCUCCAGAACAUGGUUGGUUUUCCUCCAUUACAGAUGGGCAGGACUGUGUAAAAUGGUUCAGUGAGAGGAUGUACAGAAACUGUAAAAACACAAAGUUGCUAAUAAUGUAUGAACCUGUAGAGAUUUCAAAACUUGCAUUUUCAGGACAUAUUUUUGGAAAUGUGAUGAAUGAAAGUCUAAUAUGGAGCAAACAGAAAGAAAUCACUGUUUUGUGUGUAUAGCACAGAAUGUUCUAUGUUUUCAAAAAAAUUCAACAAACUUGAUUUGCUGCCACUUAGCAAAGAAAAUCACGUGCUUAUGAUAUGAACUCAUCUCACUGGAUCUUUCUUAUGAUUUUUCAGCACAGCAGUGUCCCAUUAUUUAUGCCUCUCAUGAUAAUUGUGGUCCCUGGAGUUUGUGUGACUGGACUUCCCAAUGUUUGUGUGUUUUAUUGUUUCCUCAUCAACAUGCAACCAUAAGAUGUUAAAAGUGCAGUUGAGGCCAGUUCUUCAGUGGUAUUGUGGUGCACCGACACUAGUAGAGUGAGACGUGGCUAGCCAGCAAGAAGUUUGCUCUGACAGGGUGUCUGCUACUUGAGGCUUCCUGCACUUACGUUUAACUGAACAACAUACAGUAUGUGUAAGAUUAAACACAAAACUUUCAUUAUACUUUGGGCUUAUUUGUUCUGUUUUACAAAUAUUAAAGUAGUAAACAAUAAGUGAACUUUUACUCUUUCAGCAUUGACAGAGGUCAUAGGUCACCAGAGGGAGCAGCAGAAUUAGUCUCAGCAUCACCAGACAAUACAAGCAAGCAGAGUUUUGUUUCUGAACAUAUUCAGAUCUUAUUUUUCUGUCGGUUUUGUAAUAAUUUCACUGUAAAUGACCAUUACUGUGUAAAUCAACUCAAAUCUAAACCAUCAUCUGAAUUAAAAGACGCUUGAAGGAA